GUGAAGCAGUGACAGAAAGGGGCUUCUCCUACUCCAGGAGACCUAGUGGCACUUUUUGCCCUUAACUUUAGGGAAACUUUGCACUGAGCCCCAGGCUGCACAAACUGCACUCACUUGAUUUCCUCUGGACACUGGGAAAGAGAGACAUCUCCAGUGAUGGCAAGGGGAGCACUGCUGGCAGCCCUGGGCCUGUGGAUCCACUACCUCGCUGCUCUCUGUACAGCUACUGCCACGACACAAGCCACUGUCCCAAGAAGCACCGUAGAAACAAAGAGAGAUUUUGAGGGGAUCAAGAGCAAAUUUUCUUUAAGGACAGCUGACGAACCUGAUGAUGACAUCUGCUACUUGGUCCCUGGUCAAGAAGACACUAUGGCACGAUGCAACUUCAACCAUACCAGUAAAACCUUUGUGGUGAUCCAUGGAUGGACGGUAACUGGAAUGUAUGAGAGCUGGGUCCCAAAGCUGGUGGAUGCUCUGUAUAAGAGGGAACCCGACUCUAAUGUCGUCGUUGUAGAUUGGCUAAGUCGUGCCCAGCAGCAUUAUCCAGUAUCUGCUGCCUACACUAAACUGGUGGGAAAGGAUGUAGCAAUAUUUAUUGACUGGAUGGAGGAACAAUUCAAUUACCCACUCGACAACCUCCAUUUGCUGGGCUAUAGUCUUGGUGCCCAUGCUGCUGGGAUUGCUGGAAGUCUAACCAAAACGAAGAUUAACAGGAUCACUGGUUUAGAUCCAGCUGGACCUAACUUUGAAUAUGCUGAAGCAACCACGCGCCUCUCCCCGGAUGAUGCUGCUUUUGUCGAUGUCCUACACACCUACACCAGGGGGUCUCCAGAUCGCAGCAUUGGGAUACAGAAGCCUGUUGGGCAUAUUGACAUCUACCCAAAUGGAGGAGGCUUCCAGCCAGGCUGUAAUCUAGGUGAAGCUCUGCGCCUUAUUGCAGAAAAAGGCCUUGCAGAUGUGGAUCAACUGGUGAAGUGCUCUCAUGAACGCUCCAUCCACCUCUUCAUUGACUCCCUCUUGUACGAAGACAAGCCAAGCCUGGCCUACCGCUGCAACACAAAGGAAACCUUUGAGAAGGGGCUGUGUCUGAGCUGCAGGAAGAACCGCUGCAACAAUCUGGGCUAUACAGUCAACAAAGUGAGAGCCAAGAGAAACAGCAAAAUGUAUUUGAAGACUCGCUCUCAAAUGCCCUAUAAAGUCUUUCAUUACCAGGUCAAGGUCCAUUUUUUUGGAAAGGUGAAUGUGACCAAGACAAAUCAGCCAUUCCUGGUCUCUUUGUAUGGCACUGCCGAUGAGAGCAAGAACAUUGCUUUGAUAUUACCUGAAAUUUCCACGAACAAGACCUACUCCGCCCUGGUUUACACCGAGAUCAAUAUUGGAGAUCUCCUCAUGCUGACACUGCAGUGGGAGAAGGAAUCCAUUUUCAGCUGGUCGGACUGGUGGACCUCCUAUGCUUUUGACAUCCAGAGGGUCAGAGUGAAGGCAGGAGAAACGCAGAAAAAGAUGGUGUUCUGCUCUCGUGAUGGGAUCUCUCACCUCACAAAAGGGAAGGAGGCUGUGGUAUUUGUGAAAUGCACUGCUAAGCCCAACAAUACAGACACAGGAGACCAGUCAAGACCUUAAAGAAAGAUCAGCUCGUGAAUUUUCUGAAGAAUGAAGUGGAUGAAACAUUUCUGCUUUGGAUGGAAAAAUAAUCCCCCUUAUGUCGGAUGCUGAGAACUGAAUGUAUUGAAAUAUUUAGCAGCUGUAAUACUGCUGGCCUUUUCGUCUGCUAUUCCUAGUUAUUCUAGUAGACUCUUUCUUUUGUACAGAGUCUCAGAACGCACAAAGUGGUUACUUAACUAUAAAGAACAUAUUAGCCAAGUAGUUUAAAGUACAUCUACAAAAAGUAUAACGUCUUGAUUACCGGGAAGAAUUAAGAGUUAUUUUGCCUCAAAAUACCACCUUGUAACAAGGUUUCUUGAUAUAAUGUACUGUAUAGCAAAUUCUUAGUAUUUAUUGAAAAGUCUAAUUUCUGGGCCUGUAUUUUGGCUUUUUAAACUUGAUUUGUUACUUUUAAAGAUUUUUCUAAAACUGGACAGAUGUCUGUUUUUGUGGUUGGGCAACAUCCAUUCAGCUAAUUAAUGAGUUUAAAGACCCUUCGCUGACCGUCGCUCAAGGUGGUCAAAUAUGUAUUUAGCAUUCAGGAAAGCAUACACCUGCUCUUGCUAAGGCUGGUACUCAAAAGAUGCCCAGGCCUGAAUGAAUAUGGAAAGAGAAAAUUCUGGAUAAUAAUGCAUUGCACUUGAGGUAAACUCCAGUGCUAUGAGUACUGAUUUAUCCUUAAGUAUGACCUGUUAAUCUAUACUCUGUUAAAUAGUUCAUCCUGCAAUAAAUUUCCAAUCAUAGGAGAUGCUAGCAUUUUCAUUGUCCUAUGAUGAUAUUUUAACAUUAAUGGGUAACAUCUUUUUCAAAUAAAGCCAUCUAAACUCUGACAUCGCUCUAGGUUAGGGGCUUCAAAAGAAGUAACAAACUGAAAACUGCAGAAACUUAUUUUCAUCACCUGUUUACAACACCAAUGCAAAAUGAGGUGAAAACCGGACCAUUCUGCUCUGACCCUGGAGUUUCAGUCAUUCGAGCCACAGCUGUUCUAGCCUUGUGUUCUCCUGUAUUUUCCAGACAUGAAAAUGGACAGGCUGCAUGAUCAUCCUUCUCUUUGCUGAUAUUCGUGUUUCCAAAGACUACUCUCUAUUUAUUUCUUGCCUAUGACAUAGAGGUAGAAGCUGUGAGCUGCAAGAUGGUCUGAAAUGUCACAUAUUUCAGUAAGGUGCAGGAUCUAGGCCAUUCAAGGAGCCUGAGUGUAUUGUUCACAAAACACAGUGCUCUGAGAUCACUUGAAUUAAAAGUGCCACAAACAAACACACAAGUACUGUAAAACUGAAGGGUUGGGGUUUUUUAUAAUAAAUAAUGUAUAUUUAUUCAAAUGCCAUGAAAAGUUCAGUAGCCUUCUUCUAUUAAACCAUAAAUCAAAAAUUGGGGAGGAAAUACGAGUUAGAAUAUGAUUACAGAGCCAUUUUUCGUAAUCCUUGCAUUUAUUACAAAGCAUAUGGUGAAGGUGGCAUUUGUGCUAAGUCUUCCAGAACAAAAAAACGACACCUAUCUUUAUGUUAUUUUUCAAUCGACAUACCAUUAGCGGAUCAGGUGAACAAAGAGCUAACCCAGUGCAAUAUGUUGGAAUGCCAACAGCUCAAAAGGUGCUAAAAAUGUGAUGUCUUAACCCAAUGAAUUAUAGCUGAGAGAGGUGUUCCGUGAGUAUUGGAGCAUAUCACUCAAGACCUCUAAAAGUGAUAAAACAAAGUGAUUCAUGUUUCCAGCUGACAUUGCUUUUACUUGCAUUUUCCUGAAAGAUGUGAGGACAUGUAUACUUUUAAUACAGGAUCUAAUGAAACACCUACAGCACUUGAAGGCCCAAUGGUGAAAGGUCUCUACAUGUGGACACAUGAUUUAGCUUGAAAUGUUAUUUAUUACCUGUAAAUAUAUAUAUUUUUAUGUGUAUAAAGGUAGUUUGUAUUUAUUGCUGAGAUUAUCAAGACUAACUCCAUUUAUUCAGUUGUGUGCUAUUAAUCCUGUAUAUAGCUUUCAAAAAGCUACUUAACCAUGCUUACGAAAUAAUGCACUGUAAUAUGCAUUUUCUAAAGAAAGCAUCUCAAUUUUGUACAGAAUGGAAACCUAAGGUUUUAAUAAAAUUGUCAAAUUAA